ACUCAUGUGAACUUCAUUUGACAUUUUCUUAAGAGUUUACUCCUAUGCGAAGUAUACUAAGUGUAUAAUUAUAUAUACGGUACCUUUUGCCCUCUUUUCCUCAUAUAUUCCCAUAUACUCUUCUUCGAUCUCCCUCAUCUUAUUGAUAACAAAAAUUAAAUUAAAUUAAAUAAAAAAAAACUCCAUCUUCAAUACUUCUGUCUGCUGCACUCUAUUCCUAAGGUCUGCUUCAAAUAUUUGGCAUGGCAAAUUGGAGUGAUAUCCCACAAGACAUUGCUAGAAAGAUUGCAACAGAACCAUGUCGAAUCAUUGGAAGAUUUCGAAACUCUUUCAGAGGUUUCUUCUAAGUGGAGAGAUGCAACAAAGGGUGUCAACUUCUGCCCAUCUAAAAACAGACAACACCCUUGGUUAAUGCUAGUUGACCCUCCAACCUCUUCAUACCGUAGAUUUUACAGCCUGUCUAAACGCAUGUUUCGAAAAUUUGAUCUUCCCCGACUAGAAGAUGAUGACCACCACCGAUUUUUUUCUUCCAAGGGGUGGCUUAUUUAUGUGAGUCGGAGAAACCAUAACAUCUCCCUUUUUUAUCCCGUUUCCGGCAAAGUAAUAAAGCCACCAAGUCUUCCACUUAGCAUGCUACUACAGAAUGAACCGUGGGACGACAGAAGUUAUACGUAUCACUUUUUCAAAUUUAUUCUAACAGGGUGGCCAUCUUGUUGUGAUGAUGAUAUUGCAGUUGCAAUGAUAUUCGACGUAACGCAACGUUUGGCUGUUUGGAAACCUGGGGAACACAAGUGGACUGUUAUUCCAACGACGAAUGAUUGGAUUUAUGAUGUGUGUUUUUUCAAAGGGGAAUUCUAUGCCAUCGAUCAUUUAGGCAAAAUUAUAGCCUUCGGAGUCGAGGUAGCAAAGCGACAACCACGAAUCGUGGUAAACUUAAUUGAUCAAGGUGUUUUAUUGGAACAAUCAACAGGACAGUUGUACCUAGUGGAAGCGGAAAGUACAUUAUUGGUGAUACAUAGGUAUGUGCAUUUACUUGGAGAUGAUGAUGAACUGGAGUGUCCAAAAAUAGAUGAACCGGAUUAUUGGACUACUCAUUUUGAGAUAUAUGAGUUGGAUGUUGACAAUGGGAAAGCUAAAAAAGUUGAGGGUGUGGGCGAUCGAGCCAUCUUCGUCGGCUUAGGAUCUUCAACCUUCUCUGUAGAUGCAUCUUUGGAUAAACGUGGUUGUAAGGCUAAUUGUAUCUAUUUUACUGAUGACAACGAAGAGGCUUUUAAUGAUUCUAAGUUGGGAGGAGGAGGAGGAGAUAUGGGUAUAUACAACUUAGCCGAAGGGAAAAUCAUUGAGCGGUUUUAUAAAGGUCCAUCACAGUUUUGUUUUAUUACUCCACCUAUUUGGGUGGAACGCCCUCAUUAUUAGACAUAACAUCUUAGUAAUGUUGUUGAUUUAGGGAAAAUUUUAAUUUAUGAACUGUGCAAAAUAAAGCAUAAUCACUAAUUUGAAAUUUUUAUAAUA